AUGUCUGAUUCACCGACUGCUAGUGCGGGUAAAUCGAUAUUAAAUAUUCCUACUAUGAUAAGAUGUCAAAAUUGCGAAACAAAUUUUCCUACGAAAUAUCAAUAUCAAAGACACCAGUGUGAAUUUAACGCCGAAAAGGUUGUUCUAAAAUCGGACGUCGAUUCCCAAGAAGUCGAUACCGAAAAUCCCACGAAAUUCGUUUGUGAUUUUUGCAACAAAGAAUUCGCGAAUAAAAAUAAUUUCACCCGACAUCAAUUGAGUCACGAAAAUUCGCGAGAAAAUAUGUGCGAACACUGCAACAAACAAUUUAUCAGCGAAAACCGUCUCAGGAUUCACAAAGAAAACCAUUGCAAAAAAGCCGGAGAUAUUUCGAAAUUUUACAGAAGCGACGUUGCCGUGUGGAAAUGUAAAAAGUGUCAAGAAGUUUUUUCAUCGCACCUCACCGCUAGUUACCACGUGACAUUUUGCGUGAACGUUGAAAUCGAAAAUGAACCUCAAAUAACGGACGAUUCGAAAGAAGUGAUAGACAACGAAAAUAUCGAAAAAGUAUUAACGGAAGUUUUAUUACAAUGCGAAUUUUGUAAUAGAACCUACGCCGAUAAAAAUACUUUGCUUACGCACCAAAAAUCGCACACCACAUCCAGAAAUUACGAAUGCGUCAAUUGCUUUCAAGUUUUCGAUUCCUACCCGACGGCCGCUCAGCAUUGGAUGAUGAAAUGUUCGGACUACGUCAGUCUGUUUUAUUUGCCGAAACUAACCUAUUGCGAACAUUGCGACAGGACGUUCAAAUCCCACGAGCUACUCUAUACGCACAAAAUAAAAAAGAAGCACUACACUUCUAAACGCCAUCUACAAGCGACCGAAGAAACAAAUAAUAAUAAUAAUAACAAAGUCGAUGGACAACAACAACAACAAACCGUCGAAAAAAGUGAUAACAACAAAGAGAUACUCGAUAAACUCAUCGAGGACGUUUUCGAAACUCUAGACGUACCUGUUAUCAACAUAAAUUACCAAUCGGAAAUAGGUGAAAAUAAAGAAAACGUCGACCAAAACAAUACCGAUCAAAUUAAAAAUGGCGUCAAUACUACGGAGAAAAAGAAAAAAGGAAGGAAACGAAAAUGGCCCAAAAACGAAAUUGAUACGACAAAAAAAAUGAAUUCCGAAAUCGGUAAUGGUUUUAAAUAUCAGUGCGAGAGGUGCAUCGAAGUUUUUGUUAACGUCGAAGAGCUCGAGUUGCACAGAGAGAAGGAACACGCUUCGAAUUUUACUUGUGACGAAUGUGGACAGGUUCUGCAUACGGCCAAAGCAUUGAUGAUUCACAGUCGCGCUCACAAAAUGCUGAAACCAUACGUUUGCGAAACGUGCGGGCGCAGCUAUUCACAAACAUCACAUCUUUGGCAACACAUGCGAUUCCACCAAGGAAUCAAACCGUUCGCGUGCCCCCACGAAGGUUGCGAAGCGCGGUACACGAUUCGUCCUGAUUUGAAGGACCACAUAAGGAAAGCCCACACUAGAGAACGACCGUUUAAGUGUAACGUUUGCGAUAAAUGCUUUUUGACUGGUUCCGUUUAUUAUCAGCAUCGUUUGAUACACACCAAUGACAGGAGAUAUGCGUGUGACUUGUGUCCGAAACGGUUUUUCAGAGCAGACGCUCUCAAUAAUCAUCGAAGGAUACAUACGGACGAACGUCCUUAUCCUUGUCAUGUUUGCGGGAGAGAAUUUCGACAAAAAGGAGAUCGUAACAAACAUCUUAGGACCCAGCAUCCCCAUACAGUUUGACUUUAACUUUUAUAGUAUUAUUUUGAUUUUUUUCCUGUUUAACUUAAUGUGAAAUUGAUUAAAUUUACUAGAUUAUUGUUAAAAACAAUUAAAAAUAAUAUGUUGUUUGUAUUUAUGAUAUGCAAUUAUUUGUUAAUAAAUUUUUUCAUUGAA